UCCCUUAGUUAUCUUUAGUCCGUCGCGUCGCUCGCAUCGAUUCAUGAGGCGAUCAGGCGUCCGCAGUGAAAACCGCAACUGAGUGUUUCGAAAACGAAUAACAGAAAAACAGAAAAACGCGCCAAAAAUAAGAGCAGAAGUUGCCAAUAAUCCAAUAACCAAUAACCAACUGCAAUUGCAACUGCAACAGUGCCGCAUCAUCAACGCCAGCAACAUCGACAACGCGACAGCGACACCGAAACCGACACCGACAUCGACAACGACAACAUAACAUAUAGAUAGAACAUGGCCACGCAACAUACCAAGUCGCAGGACGAGCUGACAUCCAAGGGCCUGGUGUCCAGGCAGCCGGACAACAUCAAGGAGGAGAACGAGAAUGAGAGCGAGGAGGACAUCGAGGAGGCAGCAGUGGUGGUUCCGCCGGACAGUGGAUGGGCCUGGGUGGUGAUGGUGGCCUCCUUCCUCUGCUGCACGGUGAUCGAUGGCAUCGUCUUCUGCUCCUCGAUGAUCAGUGAGCCAUUGAUAGAGCAGUUCGGUGUGGGCCGCAGCUAUGUGGGGUUCGUAUCAUCCCUGCUCAGUGGAGUCUACCUGAUGGCCGGACCCUUUGUGAGUGCCUUGGCCAAUCGGUUCGGCUUCCGUCCGGUCACGAUUGCCGGAGCCAUAUUAGCGUCCAUCUGCUUUGGACUGUCUUACUUCGCCCCCAGUGUGGAGUACCUAUUCAUAAUCUACGGCGUCCUGGGGGGCAUUGGAUUCUGCAUGGUCUACAUCCCGGCCGUGGUGAUCAUUGGCUUCUACUUCGAGAAGUGGCGUGCCCUGGCCACGGGAGUUGCCAUGUGCGGUUCCGGAGUGGGCACCUUUGUCUUCGCCCCACUGACUGAAAUGCUGCUGAAGAAAGGCUGGCGGCAUACGGUGGCCAUCCAGGGACUCAUUGUGCUGUCGUGCGCCAUCUUCGGCCUGGCUUUCCGGCCCAUCCAACCCAUCACGCUGUCGGCCACCAAGGAGGAGGGAGAGGAGCAGGAGAAGAGCAAGCUGAACGGCCAUGGCAACACGGUGGCCCCCACUCCGCAGCUGCACCAGGCGGCCUUCACCAAGCCCCUGCCCGAAGGUCGUUUCGCCUACUCGAUGCCCAACUCCGCCCACAACACUUACAUGGGUGCCUCCCAGCGGCACCACUACCCCACCGCGCAGGAGAUCUUCAAGGGCAUGAACCUGGAGCGUCGUCCCUCGGGAACACCCCAGGGCAGCAAGGGCACGGAACUGAAGCAGCUGAGGAAGUCGCAGCCGACCACACCCAACGGAGAUCCGCAGCAGCUGACCUUCAACCUGCACAAGGAGCUGACUACUGUGGGCGAGAAUGAGGAGGAGGCGGAGAACGACAACCUGUUGGAGACGGAGGCCAAGCCAGUUACCAUCCAGGCGCGCAGGCACACAGUAUCCGGACGCCGGCCCCAGGACAUCGGAAAGCGACCCGCCGCCGGCGCCGCUCACGACGCGCACCACGGUCAGACGCAGUCCUCAUCCAGACCGAUGUACCGAGACGAUAUCUUCUUCACCGGAUCGCUCACCAGGAUCCCGCAGUACCAGUCGCAGACAUCGCUGGCCUACCACAUGUCCGUGACCCGACUGCCCACCAAGCAGGACAUGCUGGAGGACCGCCAGAAGGGAUGCCGCAUUUGCCCAGAGGCAGUGCGUCGCACCCUGUCCACCAUGCUGGACACCUCGCUGCUCAAAUCGCCCGCCUUCAUGUUCUUGGCCUUCAGCGGCUUCCUGACCAUGAUGGGCUUCUUCGUGCCCUUCGGCUUCCUGGGGCCCCGCGCAAAGGCCGCUGGCAUGACCAAUCCUACGUCUCUGGUCAGUGGCAUAGGCAUUGUGAACACCGUCGCUAGGAUCGUUUGCGGAUUGAUCAGCUCCUUCCCGGCCAUCAAGCCCCUCUGGCUGAACAACAUCGCCCUGACCGCCGGCGGCCUCGCUACCAUCUUCAGCGGAGUGGUCAUCAACGCGGCCAGCCAGUGGGCCUUCGUGUUCUUCUUCGGCAUCUGCAUUGCCUGCUUCUCGGCCCUGCGUUCCCUGAUCGCCGUGGAGCUGAUUGGACUGGAAAAGCUGACCAACGCCUACGGAUUCCUGAUGCUCUUCCAGGGCGUGGCAGCCAUCUUUGGCAGUCCCAUUGCAGGAGCCCUCUAUGAUAUGACCGGUAGCUACAACGCGACAUUUUACUUUGCCGGCGGCCUGAUCCUACUCUCGGCCUUCCUGUGCUACCCACUCACCUGUGUGGGCAGGUGGGAGCAGCGGCGCAACGAGAAGCUAACCCCCCUGCCAGCGGCCUAGGGAGCUGUGGAUAUCGGAGCAAAUGAAGACCUGCCCGACAGCCUGAACACCUUGUCAUCUCCGAUGGCAAUGGCACCCUCGGUUUUGGCAACACUAAUUGCCAAUCACUCGAUGUACAUGUCGAUGGAGUUCCCGAUUUCGAUGGGGAAGCGAGCGCGGAAGCGUGUUCCGAGUACUUGAUACGUUAAGAUUAGACUAAGCGUAAUGUUGUGCCUUCAGCGAUAUCGAGUGCCUAUCAUACACACACACACACCCCUUACCCUAAAUCACACGCAUAACAGCCAAAUGGAGCGAGCGUAAAUUAUGUUUCUAUAAGCUUUAGUGGAGGAGCCCAGCGGUGGACUAGAAUUUAGCAGAUAGGCUAAGCGGAGGAUCGGAGAGAAGGAGAACCGAACACAUUAUUAAUAUUAUUAUGAUAGCCGUAAGCAGCUGAGCACAUGGCUGGGCCACAAGUCAACUGCCAAGUUAAGAAUCGUUUGUUGAGUUAUUUAACAUGAUAGGGAACGCGCAUUUGUUUACCUUGUAAGAGAGAUGGUACUGCACCGCCACCAUGGACUUGUUACAUAGCUAGCUAGAUAUACGUUUAUCAAUCAAUCAAUUAAAGACGCGGCCAGCCGAUCGGGCGGGGUUAAUGCACCCGCCGCCGAUCCCGAUCCCGCUGCAUCGUGGGAUUAGCCGAUCGUGGACAAAACAAAUAAACAAUCAGCCACACGAUGAGGCAUCUGGUACAAGUGCUGUGCUCUUAUGCAAACAGAUUUAUAUAUUACACGAUACAGAUAUAGAAAAACACACGAACCGUUACAUACUCAGCACGUUGAGUGCGUUUCGCGUUUACGUUUAUCAACUACAAUUACAUUGAAAGAGAAAGAAUGAUUUGUAUUACAUUUAAAUUAAUGAGUUUACAUUGCAUUGCAUGCGACAUAAGGUUACACUUCAUAAACAAUAAAGACGAUUUCAGUAAUACGAA